UUUUGCUUUUUAAGACCCUGGACCCUCGUUAAUUCCAUUUCCCUCCAUCGCUUUGCCUUCCCUCUAACAUUCUACGACUCUACGACGCGACAACUCGCCAUGGCUGAUUUACAAGGUCGCAAGGUCUUCAAGGUUUUCAACCAGGACUUUAUCGUGAGCGAGCAAUACAAUGUGACAAAGGAGCUUGGUCAGGGAGCCUAUGGUAUCGUGUGCGCCGCAACCAACGUGCAGACCGGCGAGGGCGUCGCUGUCAAGAAGGUCACCAAUGUCUUCAGUAAGAAGAUCCUAGCCAAGCGGGCUUUGCGAGAGAUCAAGUUGCUUCAGCAUUUCCGUGGCCAUCGCAAUAUCACAUGCCUGUACGAUAUGGAUAUUCCCCGACCGGACAACUUUAACGAAACAUAUCUCUAUGAGGAGUUGAUGGAAUGUGAUCUGGCUGCCAUCAUCCGCUCCGGCCAGCCGUUGACCGAUGCCCACUUCCAAUCCUUCAUCUACCAGAUCCUCUGUGGUCUCAAGUACAUCCACUCGGCCAACGUCCUGCACCGUGAUCUCAAACCCGGUAACCUGCUGGUCAAUGCCGACUGCGAGCUCAAGAUUUGUGACUUCGGCCUGGCUCGUGGUUUCUCCAUUGACCCGGAGGAGAACGCAGGCUACAUGACCGAGUACGUCGCAACCAGAUGGUACCGUGCGCCGGAGAUCAUGUUGAGCUUCCAAAGCUAUACCAAAGCAAUUGACGUCUGGUCCGUGGGCUGCAUCCUCGCCGAGCUCCUCGGCGGCCGACCCUUCUUCAAGGGUCGCGACUACGUCGACCAGCUGAACCAGAUCCUGCACUACCUAGGCACACCAAACGAAGAAACCCUGGCACGCAUUGGUUCCCCUCGCGCCCAAGAAUACGUGCGCAACCUGCCCUUCAUGCCCAAGGUCGCCUUCAAGCAGCUGUUCCCUCAGGCCAACCCCGACGCGUUGGACCUGUUGGACCGCAUGUUGGCCUUCGAUCCGUCGUCUCGUAUCUCCGUCGAGGAGGCUCUCGAGCACCCCUACCUGCACAUCUGGCACGAUGCCUCUGACGAGCCAAACUGCCCCACGACCUUCGACUUCCACUUCGAGGUCGUCGACGAAGUUCCCGACAUGCGCAAGAUGAUCCUCGACGAGGUUAUCCGCUUCCGCGCUACCGUCCGCCAGCAAUCGCAGGCCCACGCCGCCCAGCAGCAGCAGAUCGCUCAGCAGACUAACAUCCCCAUUCCGGAUAACCAACAGGGUCCUUGGAAGACCGAGGAUCCUAGACCUCAGGAGGCUACCGCUGGCGGUGGUUACAACUCUAAUGACUUGGAAUCCUCGCUGCAGCGCGGCAUGGACGUGCAUCACCGUUGA